CAACAAUCUUGGGAGUGUAAUGGCGGCGAGUUCGGAGCAGAAAGUUUUGAGUUACCAUGAUACUCUGCUGAGAAAUAGCGAUUUACAAUUGCUUGAUGGACCACGGUGGCUUAACGACAAACUGAUCAGCUUUGCUUUCGAAUAUUUUGAGUAUGACAAGUUCAAGGACCUUGCUGGCAAAGUGGCAUUUGUCAGUCCGGAAGUGACACAGUGUAUCAAGCUUAGCCGUGAUGAUGAAGUGGCCAUUUUCUUAGAUCCUCUAGAUCUAUCCAGUAAAGACUUUGUGUUUUUGGCAGUCAAUGACCAUCAUUGCCAAGACUCAGCAGGUGGAUCCCAUUGGAGUCUGCUGAUAUUUGACAGGACAGACAACAAAUUCAGUCACUAUGACUCGUCAGGAUCAAUGAAUCAGGGCUCAGCUAUGAUUCUCUGCUGUAAACUUCAUCCUUUUCUUAAAGCUUCAGGUGAAAUCACCCUUGUUGCAGAAGAAUGCCCCCAACAGGAUAAUGGUUACGACUGCGGUUUGUACGUGAUAUGCGUGGCCGAACACCUCUGCCAGCAGAUGAUUGAUGGUAACACAGAGCCACUACGGCAGAAAGUCACUGGCAAGACGGUCCAGGACAAACGAACAGAACUAAAAACCCUCAUCCAUAACCUGGCCAGAGAAGGCACCAGGUGAUUGUAACUUCAAGGCCAAUGGAGAGGCUCGAUAAAGUGUUUGGUAAAGAGAGAUUCAAGUG